AUGGGCUUCUCCAAGGCCGUUCCUCUGCUGCUGCUUGCCGCCAAGUCCGCUCUGGCAAACACCCCUAUUCCUGCCAGCGCAUUCUCCGAUAAUGAUGGUCUGGCAGCUGCCCAGGCCGCGGCGCCGAUGUGGUACAUGGCCUCAGGCACUUGCAUGCCCUCGGCUGCUGAGGACGGCCAAGGCAACCAGACAAACGGCGUAGACUCCGACAACUGCAACAUCAACGCGCUGGCAAACGGCUGCCCUCAGCAGCCCGCCUGGCAGGGAGCCAACACCUUCUAUGGUAACGUCCCAGGCGAGCCCUUCACCACCAUUCCCACGUACUGGAGGGCGGCCUAUUGCAACGGAGACUCAUCCGGCUCGGACCCUUCGUGGCGUAUCAUCUACUACGUGUAUUUCAAGAAGGACACGGGCCACAAGAGCGACUGGGAGGGCAUCGUCAUGAGGUUCACCAGCCCGGACGGCGGCAACACCUACACUCGCGAGUCAGCCAUCAUGGAGCAGGAUGGAAAGCACGUCCACGUUGCUUGGACCGAUGUCAACGAUACCUUCCAGGGUGACGAUGACUGGGAGGCUUUCUCACAGAAGAACCUCGACCACGGCAAGUUCUACUUUGGCAAGUUCCACCACUCCGUCCACCCGGACUGGUACACUGCGGCCUUCAAGAACACUUGCCCCCCUACUUCCGGCGAUGACUACCGCAACUCGGACUACCAGUUCUGGGCAUACAACAACCUGCGACCUACGUCCGUCUUGAACCCCAGCUGGGACUGGGGCCAGGCUAGCUCGCCCGCCAAUGCCGACAUCUGCUCUUAUUAA